AUGGCUUCCGCAUACUCCCCAGAACAGAUAUCCACCUACUUGAAACACAUCAAACUCCCGCAAAAGUACCAUGCUGAGAACCAGGCGUCGUAUCCGCAUAAUCUUGCAUUUCUCGCAGCUCUGCACGUCCACACUAUAUCAACGAUUCCCUACGAGAACCUCUCCAUACAUUAUUCUUCGAAUCGCAAGAUCUCGCUUGAUCCACAGCAUCUAUUCCAGAAGAUUGUCGGCGGUGGGCGCGGACGUGGAGGAUAUUGCAUGGAAAACAGCAUCCUCUUUAACCAUAUUCUGAGGGGUCUUGGCUUCGAGGUGUAUACUGCUGGUGUGAGGGUUCGCCUUCGGGAGAACGGUGUACCGAGCGGCACCUAUAUUGGCUGGGUGCACAUCGUAAAUAUAGUCACUCUACCUUGCGGUGCAAAAUACAUGCUUGAUGUUGGUUUUGGUGGUGAUGGUGCAAUAAACCCUGUCCCUCUCAUCCCCGGACACGUGGUACCCAAUAUUGGUCAGCAAGACGUCCGCCUCAUUCGCGACCACAUCCCACAACAAGUGGAUAAAUCUGAGAAGACAAAACUCUGGAUCUAUCAGUAUCGGAAUGGGAACAACAAAGCAUGGAACUCCUUCUAUGCGUUUCCGGAGGUUGAAUUCCUGGAGGAGGACUUCAAGGUCAUGAACUGGUAUACCGGUAACUCGCCAAUGUCUUUUCAGACGUAUACCAUCUUGAUUGUGAAGUUCUUGCGCCGGCUAAAGGACGAUUCUGGAGAGGAAGAGGUAUAUGGGAAGCGGAUGCUGGUCAAUGGGACUGUAAAAGAGAAUCUUGGGGGAAGCACUAAGGUUGUAGAGGAGUGCCAGACGGAGAAUGAAAGGGUGCAGGCAUUGAGGAAGUGGUUCGGGAUCACGUUGACAGAGGAAGAGAAGCGAAGCAUUGUUGGACAUUGCACGGAGCUUAAGGUCCCGAUCCUUAAUGGAAUGCCUAAAGGCAAUGGUGGGACUUGA